AUGUCCCGCUACACCACAACCCCCUGGCGCCACCCCUCCGACCUCCUCCACGUCCGCUCCCAACUCUACCCCCCCACCCCCACCACCCCAACCACAACGUCCGCCCAACGCCACGCCAUCACCCGCAUCCAAGCCUGGAAACUCCGCGGCAACCUCCCGCACGCCGUCGAAUCCACCGCCCUACUCGUCGACGCGCUCCUGCACCACCACCUCCCCGGCACCAGCAGCUUUUCCAUUCGCGCGGUGUACAGCGCCGCGUUCACGAGGUUUGUAACCGGAUUCUGCGAUAUAGGCCGCAACCGCGAGAGGUCGCUGGAACCGAGUAGUAUGCUCGAGAUUGCGCGGCAGAUUGGUAUGCCGGUUGAAUUUGUCGCGCUGAGGCACGAGGCGACGCAUGAGGAGUUGCCCGGGGUGAAGCGGUUGGUGGAUGCUACUCACCAGGCGCUGGAGUGGUUGUGGAGGGUUUAUUGGGGGAGGUUGGAGGAGGUCGAGCGGGAGGAGGGGGUGGGGAAGGAGUUUAGGGCGGAGGUAGUGGGGUUGUUGAAGGGGUUUCGGAAGGGGAGGCGGGAUGCGCUGAGGAGGGGGCAGGGGCAGGGGGAGCAGGAGGGCGAGGUGAGAGGGAUGCGGGAUGGGAUCGUGCAGCGGUGUGGGGGUAGUGCGGUUAGGGUCAAGACGGUGGCGGAGGCUCUGGUUGAUGAGCGUCUGAUUCUGCCUGCGAGUCGAGAGAUGGGCGCCCCUCUCGACGGAGCAUUCUUACUAUGGGACGAUCUCCUGAGCAAUCUGGCCAACCACCUACCUGGCUUCCGCCGCAUGCUUCUGACGAGUCUCCUCGCGAGCAUCGGAGCGCAUACAGCAACAAACCCUGCCGGCGAUGUUCAGAAAGAAGCGCUCUCGAGAUGGCUGCUACGCGCUCUAUUUGAGUACGAUUACGCAGAUACAGAGCCGCAUCUCCAAGUGCAAGUCAUGAAGUGGUGCUGUCUCCACCCUGGUCACUGGAGCGAGUGGAUAGGCAGGGAGAUCUUACAGCGACAUGACAGUGAGCCUGGAUUCAGUGAGGAGUGGAGUGAGAUCUUUGAAGCGAGUCUACUAGGUGGUGCUAUCACGUCACGAGUGCCGGGUGAGGAGGUUGAUGAGGACACUCGGAUGGAAGAAGGACUUGUGAAUGGGAAAGAUACGGUUGACGUGGAGCGUGAAAUUGUAGAAGCGCAAAGCUGGCACAGGGCGCUUACGCCGAUGGCAUUGCCUAUUGGUGUGGUAUCAUGA